AUGGAAUUAGAGUCCGCAGCAACAUUAGUUGCAAGCGAGACCAACCAACAUAAUGGCGGUUCUACAGCCGCUCCCUCACUAGCACCUGUCUUUGAACCGAUACACUUACAAGACCAUCUUGAUAAACUAUUACCGUUGGUCCUGGGAGCUGAAAGUUCAGAGCUCAAAGCUUCACUGUGGUCUGCACCAGAGACCUCGGAGAAGUUACGACAGGAUCAAUCCUCAGUCACAUACACCUACUCCAUAACACAGGAAAUCACAUAUCAACAAAACCAUGUCGCAUCAGUUGCACUAAUAAAACUGGUGCCAAGUUUGGAUCCAAUUCGGUCACUCCAGUUACAAAUACAACUUAUUAAUUUACCUGGUCCCGCGUCUGCGGAAUCAGGAUCUGCCGCGUUAAGCCCUUACGAGACAUUGCAUUCGACCAUCCAUUUGGUGGUUGGUCCGUUCUUCGAAGCCUAUGUAAAUGCUAAAGGUGGAAGCGGAGAUGGGGUAGUAAGCACUGGUAGAGCUAAACAAGAUGAUUCUAAAAUGGGUAUUCCAAUGGCAAAGAAGAAAAUCGCCGAAUUGGAAUUGUCCUUGCGACAUCUACAACAAAACGUUGAGAUCCCCGAGAUUUCACUAAGCAUUCAUCCGGUUGUUCAAAAGGCCGCUAAACAAGAAAACAGAAGCGUCAAUGUUGACAUGAUUGAUCAAUCACACCUCGAAGAUUCAGGGCUUCUUAAUAAACUCCAGAGUGAUGUAAAUGGAUGGAUCAAAGAAAUCCAAAAAGUAACUAAAUUGUCACGAGAUCCGUCUAGCG